GGAUCCCGGUAGAAAAUAUCGCGUUGAACGCACGCGUCGUCGCGACGCUAUCAAUGAGAGUGACAGUGACAGUGACAGUGACCGUCGGUUGGAGAAGCUAUAUAGAAGUCAAACAUAAAGUUCAAACCCUAAAUCGAAUCAUUCAUUUUACCUAUCAAGAAAGAGAUUGCGAGCCAUUUGUGCAUUGAAUUGAAACGGAAAUUUCACAAGUUUGUGGCAGUGUUGAAUAUAAACUACUCCAGGAAGUAGAAAACCAUAGCGUUGUAAGCGAAACCACAAAGUGAAUCUGUAUAAACGCGACAUUUAAAACAUGUUGAGGAAGCCUAGUACAUUCUCGUAUAUGAAUACAUUUCAUACAUUAUUAUUUGUAUGUGUGUAGAAUAUAUUGCAGUUGAUGAAAUUUUGAAGAAUGCACACGUUGCCAUGUUUAAGUUGAUUAGUAAAGUUCAAAAUCUUAUUGAUAACGGUUAAAGCGUUGAUUAUCCAAUUGUGUAAAAAAAAAUAAAAAAUAAGAAAUCUCAACGUAAAAAACACUUUUGACCAAUUGUCGUUAUGAAAUCGGUGAACCGUUAGAUUACAAUUUUCCACAAUUAGAAUGAAGCUGUUCACGUAUAUUGUACCUUCAAUUCUACAAUGGCUGUGCAUUCACGGAGCCACGACGCCAGAUCGUUUAUACGGGCUGCAUUCCGACGAGCUCAAAUCCGGCACAAUUCUUAUUCCGAAACGUGUGAAUGAAAAUGGCGAUUUCCUAACUUUAGAUUUGGCGUAUCGACAUGAUCAGAAUUAUCGCCAUGAGCAUAGCCGACGUCGACGAAAUAUUGCCAGAACCAUCAGCAAAAUUCAUUAUCGACUGGAUGUGGAUAAUGAAACCAUGCAUCUCGAUUUAGAACCUCAUACUUAUUUCCUCGCACCGGAUCUGAUAAUCGAGAGACACCGGCGCGAUAUCCGUACGCGUAAGGCGGCUGUUCUAAGCACUGAUUGUCAUUUUCAUGGGAAAGUGCGUGGGCAAGAGGAGUCCAAUGUGGCGAUUUCAACGUGUGAAGGGUUGGUUGGUCAUAUAAAGACAAACCGUCAUGAAUACUACAUUGAACCCUCGAAGAACGAUCCAGCUGACAAAUUCAAUGGGCAUCCUCAUGUUUUGUUCCAUAGAUCGUCUGUGACAGAAAAGAAACAUCAUUCAAAGUAUAAACAAAGAGAAGAAUUGAUUAGUAACUGUGGCACCAAAGAACCGAAAAGAUAUGUUGGAACGCGUCUGGAAUGGCAAACACAUGGGAAAGUUAAAAUUCAAGGCGGUCGAAAAUUAAGACAAAAACAUUCAUUCCGAUCACGCCAACGCCACCAUCAUCACCAACACUCAUUACAAGGCACACAAAGAAGAUAUGCCAGGAAAUACAAUCAGUCUUCACGAAUUAAAUUCAAAUAUGAGACAACUUCAAAUGACAUUAGCACAGUGAGGCGCCAGUCUCCUUCUGAUUCCACCUUGCAAAGUCAAACUGAAAACGGAAACGUGAAGCGCACAAAACGUUCAAUUAGCAGUCCACAUCAUGUGGAGGCUUUAAUAGUCGCGGAUGCAACCAUGGUCGCCUUCCACAGCAAAUUGGAGACUUAUCUUCUCACCAUAAUGAACAUGGUAUCGGCGCUGUAUAAAGACCCCAGCAUUGGCAAUUCAAUUGAGAUUGUUGUCGUCAAAAUAAUUCUGUUUGAAGAACAUGAAGCUCAUCCCGAUUUAAACUUGACGCAAAAUGCUCAAAAGAAUUUGGAUAAAUUUUGUAGAUGGCAGCACAAACUGAAUACGGCCAAUGAAAAUGAUCCAUAUCAUCAUGAUGUUGCGAUACUUAUAACUCGGACGAAUAUUUGCGGCAACAACUGUAUGACACUCGGAUUGGCCAAUGUGGGUGGCAUGUGCAAACCGAAGCAAUCGUGUAGCGUUAACGAAGACAAUGGCAUCAUGCUUUCGCAUACGAUUGCCCACGAAUUGGGACACAAUUUCGGCAUGUUUCACGAUACGGCGAAAAUUGGUUGCCAUCCUCGAGUGGGUUCGAUUGUCCACAUAAUGACACCAACAUUUGGGGCAGAUACCCUACAAGUUUCAUGGUCAAAUUGUAGCCGGAAGUAUAUUACCCAAUUCCUCGACCAAGGUUUCGGAGAUUGUCUAGACGAUGCUCCCACACCCAAACGAAAAUAUGUUUACCCAGCCCUACCUCCGGGAGUACUGUUCGAUGUCGAAACGCAAUGUCGUCUGCAGUUUAAUCUAACGGAGGAUGACGUCAACGCAUCCUCGUGCACUUCUAUGGACGAAAUUUGCUCAACAUUGUGGUGCAGAGUAAACGGCGAAUGUAUAACUAACCUGCGUCCUACAGCGCCGGGAACAAGUUGUGGCGAUGGAAAGGGGUGCCUCAAUGGAAUGUGUAUACCAAAUGAGCAAGCUCUCCCUGUCAAUGGCAGUUGGGGGCCAUGGUCUGAUUGGAGCGAUUGUUCGAGAACUUGUGGUGGAGGUGUGUCGACUCAAAAACGUGAAUGCAAUAGUCCGGUGCCGGCGAAUGGUGGUCUCUUUUGCAUUGGUGAAAGAAAAAGAUAUAAGAUAUGUAAUUAUCAGGCAUGCCCGGUGGAUGAAGUUAGUUUUCGGGCAAAGCAAUGUUCCAAGUAUGACAAUGUGUAUUAUCAGGGUUCAAUGUAUAAAUGGCUACCAUUCUUCGAUAAUAAGAAUCCUUGUAAGCUGCUGUGCACUGAUGUGGACGAUACCCUCAUCGCAAAUUGGGGAGACACGGUGAAAGAUGGUACGCCUUGCGGUGUUGGCACCAAAAAUAUGUGCAUCGAUGGAAUAUGUAAAAAAGUUGGAUGUGAUUGGGUUUUGGACUCGAACAUGCAAGAAGACCAAUGUGGAGUGUGCGGUGGAAAGAGUGAAAAAUGUAAACUGAUAAAAGUGAACUUUUUAAAAAAUAAAACAUUUCAGGACAUGUUUGAGGAAAACUUAAAUAUUACCGAUGGAUACGUAGAGAUUAUAACAAUUCCCUCGAAAGCUCGACAUAUUACCGUAGAAGAAAUAAGCAAUUCGAAAAUAUUUCUCGCUCUUUCAAUGGCGAAUAGUAGUCAUUUUUACCUAAAUGGUGAUGGUCUUAUAUCUAUGCCAGGGGAAUUCAGAAUUGCAGGAACGGAGUGUUUGUAUGAACGAAUAGAUGAGCAAGAGAUCAUAAAAAUACCGCAACCGAUUGAAAAUGCUAUAACUGUGCAUGCAAUAAUUCGCGGAGAUGGAUUAAAUGCCAGUAUCCGUUAUGAAUUUGCCUUGCCCGCUCUAAAUAACUCGCAAGGAGUGCGGUAUUCAUGGAAGUUGGGCGAAUGGACCGAUUGUUCAAGCAGUUGUGGGGGCGGAGUGCAAUAUCGCAUCGCGCAUUGCUAUGCAGAUGGAGAAUGGACACCUAGAUCAGAAUAUUGUUGGACCUUUGCGCAAAACAAGAGACCAACGCGGCGUAUACGAGUUUGCAAUAGACAUCAAUGCCCGGCCCAUUGGUGGACGGGUCCGUGGCAAUACUGCCCAGUCACCUGCAAAUGGUCAGAUGAUCUCUCGCCUGUAAGGCGUCGCACUGUCAUGUGUUUGGAUCAAAAAGAAGUUGUUGUCGAGGAUGACCACUGCAAUAUGACACUAAAACCUCCCAGCACAGAGCCCUGCAGCCAUAAUUUACCCACGUGUAAAGUGAGCGGUAUUAUGGAUAAUGUUGUUUUGCAAAUGCAAAUGCAAAACCUCUAAGUAUUAGUAUAAUUAAUACAUACAAUUAUAUGAAUAUCGUAAAUAGAUUUAUAUUGUUUAUAGAAAUAAUUUAUGUUUGCUUUUAACAUAUGUGUGUAUGUAGGUUUCCAAAACUCGUUGUAACCAUUAUUGAUAAGAAUAUUGUACUUACAUAUUAUUUACAAUACACAACAAUAAACUUGUAUAAUCUAUAUUUAAUGGAUCGUUUAUACUUAAAAUUUAAAUUAAAUACUUUUUGUUUUAAUAUUAUUACA